AUGGCCACCACGCUUCUUGAGUACCUUACCCAGCCUAACCCGGAAGUGGACCACUCCCGUUCGCUACAAGGGUUGCCGUCGAAAUGUGACUCUAAAGAAGAAAUCCACGUUGUGGAUUGGAAGGAUUUUACCUAUGCAACCCUGAUUUCUUGCUACGGCGACGUUUUGAGUGCACAUGUUAACUAUCCAUUGCCCGAAAUCUCCCCUCCCGUGAGAAACAUUGAGCUCAAAAUAUUCGAUGAAGACUCCCUCGAUCACCUCUUAACUCGAACGGUCGUGCCCCCCGUCAACGAGAGCCUGAGGAUUGCUUGGGAAGGAUACCACCCAAACUAUCCGGGCCUGGCCAUUGAUAUGACGCGUGGAGGUCGAGCAAGGCGCUCCCAAUAUGACCUACCGGCACUCGAUUUGCGAGACGAGAGUCAGAAUGCAAAUUCGGCUCCAGCCCCAUUUAUUAACCGAUGUCCAGGAGAUACAAAGCUAUCAUCAAAAUGGCGUUCCAUGACAAACAAGGAUAAGGUGCAUUACUACUGGCCUUAUGCCCAAAUGAUCAAAUACUGCGGGGAUACUUGGAACGUCAGGUACGGGGCGAUGAUUCUAUCAGGGAUCGCUAAUAAGAGGUCCCCUCGCAAUGUCGCUGAGCAAUCCUCCCGCUCAGCAGGGCAUGACAGUCCGCUCUUUGUACCGUCUAGCCCCCCGGCCACUCGAUCUUCCCCCCAAAGGCAGACCCAUCUGAGGAACAUAUCAACUACUUCCGCCACUAGCGCCAUGUCAAUCGACCGAUCUUCAGGCCGGCCUCGACAAACUUCCAUCACUUCUAGUUUGGCUUCACUAUCCAUGAGUGAUGCGAGCGAACAUAUCCCGGGUAGCGAACAUAUGUCCAGCAGUGACCACAUGCCUAGCAGUCAAUCAUACAAAGAUGACGGAAAAGGUGGAGAGUACAGACCCGUGGAAAUGAAAAGCAUUCCCUGGGACAAUUCGGGAAAGGGAAAAUUAACUGUCAAGCUUGCUCUGUGGUGGAUCCAUAUGAUGGCAGCUGCCCCUGGAUGUGACACUACCAUUGGGCCUGAAUACCCACCCCUCGAUGCCUGGGUACUUCGCAAUGGAGUCUACCAUCACAACACAACUGGGCUUGUUUCUAAGAACCCUCCGGAUAAUGCUAUGACAAUAUCACCUCGGCAAGCAUCUCGGGGUAUAAUGACACCGCCACGCCAACGACAGUCUUCGGGCUCGCCGCCCGCUGAGCAUUUAUCUUCUCCUAAUCAGCCAUCGCCUCAACCUCCUACCAGGGAAGAGAUUGCUAGAAUACGCUGGGUACCGGAGCAGUCUCGAUGGCAGUACCGCACAAGAAGUGGCUCCGGGGGCUUCAUACGGGAUAGGGUUCCAAUUCCGGGUGGUGAUGGAGUAAGUUGUUAUUAUAUACGGCGGACACCUGAAGGAAAUGCCCAAUGGGUAAGAGGUAUAUCCGACGAAGACGAUGAGGGUGAUGAAAGCAUGGGUCUCCCCCCAGCGCCUAGUAGGGAUCGGAGGCCUUAA